CAAGGUAAAAGGUGACAGAGUCAGCUGGGCUCAGCGUCAAGGGGACCAGGUGGGAGGGGGCAUGGCCAGCGUGGAAUCCUCGCUGUUGCGAUCCCUGAGCCCCAGUCCAGCUCCCGGCGAUGGGGAGGUGGAGCUAGACUGCUGGUUUGACGAGGAGUUCAAGUUCAUCCUGCUGCCUGUGAGCUAUGCGGUCGUCUUUGUGCUGGGCCUGGGCCUCAAUGCUCCGACCCUCUGGCUCUUCCUCUUCCGCCUCCGACCCUGGGAUGCAAUGGCAACAUACAUGUUCCAUUUGGCUUUGUCCGACACCUUGUAUGUGCUGUCACUGCCCACCCUCAUCUACUAUUAUGCAGCCCGCAACCACUGGCCCUUCGGCACUGGGUUCUGCAAGUUUGUGCGCUUUCUCUUCUACUGGAACCUCUACUGCAGCGUCCUUUUUCUCACCUGCAUCAGCGUGCACCGCUACCUGGGCAUCUGCCACCCACUGCGGGCACUACGCUGGGGCCGCCCGCGCCUGGCAGCCCUUCUCUGCCUGGCAGUUUGGUUGGUCGUAGCCGGCUGCCUCGUGCCCAACCUCUUCUUUGUCACGACCAGCGCCAGGGGUGCCACCAUCCUGUGCCAUGACACCACCCGGCCCGAGGAGUUUGACCGCUAUGUGCACUUCAGCUCGGCCAUCAUGGGACUGCUCUUUGGCUUGCCCUGCCUGGUCACUCUCAUUUGCUAUGGGCUCAUGGCCCGGCGCCUGUUCCGGCCCCUGCCCGGGGCUGCCCAUUCGUCGUCUCGUCUUCGUUCUCUCCGCACCAUCGCCGUGGUGCUGACCGUCUUCGCUGUGUGCUUCGUGCCUUUCCACAUCACCCGCACCAUUUAUUACCUGGCAAGGCUGGUGGAAGCUGACUGCCGGGUGCUGAACAUCGUUAACGUGGUCUACAAAGUGACUCGGCCCCUGGCCAGUGCCAACAGCUGCCUGGAUCCCGUGCUCUACCUGCUUACUGGGGACAAGUACCGCCGUCAGUUCCGGCAGCUCUGUAGCACUGGCGGGCCCCAGCCCCCCACGACUGCCUCCUCUCUGGCACUGGUGUCCCUACCGGAGGAUAGCAGCUGCAGGUGGCCAGCUACUCCCCAGGGUGGCAGCUGCCCUGCCUCUGGCACAGACAGAUUGUAACUCCGCAACUCUGGAUGCUGGGAAGUGAGCGGAAAGGGCGGAGAGUUACAGAGCAAGAGAAGAAGAAGAAGAAAAGAAGGAGAAGGAGAAGGAGAAGGAGAAGGAGAAGGAGAAGGAGAAGGAGAAGGAGAAGGAGAAGGAGAAGGAGAAGGAGAAGGAGAAGGAGAAGGAGAUGGUUGCAACAACCCCAGGCUGGGCAGACUGAAACCAGGAGCCAGGAGCUUCAUCUGGAUCUCCCAUGUGGGUGCAGGGGCUCAAAGACCUGGACCAUCCUCUGCUGCUUUAUAUUUAUUUGAUUUUUUAAACAUUUAUUUGAAGGUCUGACUUUUCAGUGUAGCAGGUUAAGCCAUUGCCUGUGACUCCAGCAUCCCAUGUGGGUUCAGGUUCAAGUCCCAGCUGUUCAACUUCUGAUCCAGCUUCCUGAUGAUGCACCUGGGAAAGCGGCAGAGGAUGGCCCAAGAGGUUGGGCCCCUGCACCCAUGUGGGAGACCCAGAAGAAGCUCCUGGCUCCUGGUUUCUGUCUGGCCCAGCCCCAGCCCCAGCCAUUGUGGUCAUUUGGAGACUGAACUAGCAGAUGGAGGAUCUCUAGCUGUUUCUCUCUCUCUCUCUCUCUCUCUCUCUCUCUCUCUGUAACUCUGCCUUUCAUAUAAAUAAAUAAAAAUAAAUCUUUAAAAAAAUUUAUUCGGGAGGUGGGACAGAGAGACGCCUUUCAUCUAUUGGCUCACAUUAGCCAGAGCUGGGUCAGGUUGAAGCUGGAGGCCUGAAACGCCAUCCAGGUCUCCCACAAGGGUGGCAGGGGCCCAACUACUUAAGCCAUCACCAUGGCCUCCUAGGGUGUGCAUUAGUAGGAAGCUGUAAUUGGAAGCAGACCUGGGACUUGAACCCAGGCAUUCCAAUAUGGACUGUGGACGUCCUAAGUGGCAUCUUAUAGUUCUUAGUUAGGGGAUGAGCAUUGCGUGAUCAGCUCAUGUGUAGGCCUCUGGUUGGUCCACAGGGUGCAUACCUUAAAAAGGAGAGUCUCUGCUAGCAGUAACCGAGAGAGGAAUAGGGAAGGAAGAGGGAUUGCUGGGUAGUGAGCAGGAUCCCAAGCAGGAAUACCGCUAUCUUACAGUUGCACCACUGUCUUAGGUGUCAGCCCGCCUGGUUUGAAAAACUCAUGCAAGCCAGCUCAGCCCUGCCAAAUGCCCAUCCAACCCAGAACUAAAAGCAGCCCUGACUAUAUAAACCCCUAGUCUGUACCAACGAGGCUCUGUGCCCUCACUGAUAGGGGGGUCCUUCUUAGGUUUGUCUCCAAAUAAACCUGUUCUCGAUGUUGAGUUCCUGGUCUGUAUCCUCUUUGUCCUGUUCUUCAACUCUAACAGGGAUGAGGGAGGCUCUGGGGGAGGGGAAGGCAUUAGGACUUCCUUCUGGGCCUUCCCCAGUUGCUCCUCUUAGGGGAGGCAUCCCUAAGCCCCUCCUGCCCGAAGCCAUCCUGGCUGUCCUCUCGGAGCCUGACACUGAGGUACUGAAGGACUCAAAUAAUAGCCAGGCAGCCACCACUCCAUUUGCAUUCUUGGUCUUAACACAAUUUUAAAAUUGAGAAAUAAUUUGCACUCCCCACGGGGAGUCCAGGAAUUAAGCAAUAGCUGUCUGGUUCUUUGCUUUGUGCAUUGCAAUAAGUUUCUAUGUUGUCUACCAGUGACGUCAAUGGUCACCUUACUGAGCCUCUGGGAGCUGGGCUGAUCUGAAACCAGGAGCCGGGAGCCUCUUCCAGGUCUCCCACGAAGGUGCAGGGGCCUAAAGAAGGACUUGGGCCAUCUUCCACUGCUUUCCCAGGCCACAGCAGCGACCUGGAUUGGAAAUGGAACAGCUGGGACUCCAAACAGUGCCCAUAUGGGAUGCCGGCAUUGCUGGUGGCAGCCUUACCCACUAUGCCACAGUGCCGGCCCCCUAUAUUUUUCAUCCUGGGUGAUUAUAUACACCAAAUUGGGUUAGAUAGAAAGGAGGCAGUAUACGAAUCUACAGCCAGGCUGAAUUUAUUCAGAGAAAAUAAAUUCGCGGUGGUGAAUUCCUGGAACUGGUCUUUCAGGUGGCGGUGCAGGGCCUUGGGAACCUGGAAAGAAUGUAGGGGUGGGGUAUGAAGGUAAUAGGGUGUGAGACCCAAUUGAGAUUCGAGGGCAAGUAAUAAAUUCCAAUGUUUAUCUUUUGGGCAAUGAGUGAGAAUGGCCGAGGCUUAUGGCUUUGUUCCAUCGGGGGUGACUGUUACCACAUACAUGUAAGGAAUCAGCAGGCAGGACAGCCAGAGGCCAGCCAUUAAAAUAUGGCCUGCAAUCCAAGAAGCGUACUUGACAAUAUUUCUUCAGUUAGGAUGAGUUUUCUUUGGCUCAAGAGGAUUUUCCAGGUUUUGCUCUCUAGGUGGAGGAGCCCAUAUUCCCUUUUUAUCUUUUUUAAAAGAUUUUUUUAUUUACUUGAGGGACAGAGUUAGAGAGGGAGAGAAAGGUCUUUGAUCUACUGGUUCACUCCCUAAAUGGCAACAAAGGCCAGAGCUAGGCCUAUCCAGAGCCAGGAUUUCGGGUCGCCCGUGUUUCCCCUUUAUCUUAAGGACACUCCAGUAGAUGCCCGGGGCCACCCUCCACUUACACUACCCUCACAUUUGAUGCUAUGAAAAUGCAGGGAGAGACAAACAACAGGGUUGUUAACUCUUUCUUCAAUGGCCCUAAACACUGCCUAGGCUGAGGUUUCCUUGUUCUAAGUAGAAGGUUCUUGGUUUCUGGGGGACUCAGUGCUGGGCAUCCUCAUCUGGACAGCACCCCCCUGACUUGGGCCUGCGGUCACCACUGAAGUCUGCAAUUCCAAAGUUCAAAUUUUUCCUCAAGCUUCUACCAGUUUUUCUUUUGUGUGGUAUUGUGCCAUCUUACUUAGCUUAUUAGUUCCACCGUGUAGCAUAUUUUUGAUCCAGAAGCCCUGAUUCUAUCUAUCUUGUUAGAUCUUUUCUUCUAUCAAUUCUCCUGUGAAGUUCCUCCCUCCCUUCCUUCCUGGAAAUAUAUGAGGGUUUUUCAAAGAGUUUGUGGAAAAUGCACAUUAACUGUUGAUUUCAUUUUUCCACAAACAUCUUUUUUUAAGAUUGAUUUUAUUUGAAAGGCAGAGAGAGAGAGAGAGAGAGAGAGAGAGUCUUUCACCCACUGGUUCACUCCCCAAAUGGCCACAUUGGCCAGGGGUGGGCUAGGCCAAAGCCAACAGUCAGGAGCUUCUUCCCACGUGGGUGCAGGGGCCCAAGCAUUUAGGCUAUCUUCUGGCACUUUCCUAGGCCAUUAGCAGAGAGCUGGAUUGGAAGUAGAGCAGCCAGGUCUCCAACAGAAACCCAUAUGGGAUGGCUUUACCUGCUAUGCCACAAUGUCAGCCUCUCCAUGAACAUCUUGAAGUACCCUCAUAUUACACACACACACACACACACACACGUAUAGGAGAAGGGGGAGGGAGUAAAGAGAACCGGUGGAAAAACUGGGCCCUUUCCCUUAGAAGCCACAGUGUGAACAAAGACCGCACACUCUCUCAGCUCUGCUCUGAGCCGCCUGCCUGGCCUGUCGGGUGUAUUCUCUCCAUUCCAUCAUGCAGCCUUGCUUUCUCCCCGUCUGAACAACAGGCACUCUCCCUCUCUCUGUCCCUUCCGUUCUGACAGAUGCCCUACCCCUAAUAAAACCUUGCUACUUUACUCUCUGUCUCACGCCUGAAUUCUUUCUUGCAUGAAGACAAGACCCCACCACUCAUCUCCACUAGCAUAUAUAUAUAUAUAUAUAUAAUGUAUAUAUAUGUGUAUAUAUAUAUAUGUGUGUGUGUGUAUAUAUAUAUAUAGUGGCUAUCACAUGCCAGGCCCUGCUUUAGACAUUGGGAAUACUGAAACAAGGAAGACAGCAUUUCUGCUCUCAAGAAACUCUCAAACUACUAGGAAAGACGUGCCUAGAAGCAAAUAAUAAUCAUGCUGUAGUAAAAUAUGCUAAGUCUCAUCUCAUCACAGAGACAAGAAGAGGCUAUGGAAGAAUGAAGGAAGGGUUGGGGCUGGCGCUGUGGCCUAGUGGGUAAAGCUGCCGCCUGCAGUGCUGGCAUCCCAUGUGGGCGCCGGUUCGAGUCCUGCCUGCUCCACUUCCCACCCAGCUCUCUGCUAUGGCCUAGGAAAGUGAUAAAAGACGGCCCAAGUCCUUGGACCGCUGCACCCAUGUGAGAGACCUGGAAGAAGCUCCUAGCUCCUGGCUCCUGGCUUCAGAUCAGUACAGUUCCAGCAAUUGUGGCCAUUUGGAGGGGAGUGAACCAGCAGAUGGAAGACCUCUCUCUCUUUCUCUGCCUCUCCUCUCUUUGUGUAACUCUGACUUUCAAAUAAAUAAAUCAAUCUUUGGAAAAAAAGAACGAAGGAAGGGUUAAUUCAUUCUGCCUGGUGAGGAUUUCACUGAGAAGGUGAUAUUUGAUCUUAUUGAAGAACAACCUCCCAAACUAGUUAGAGGUGUUGCUAUAGAACCCCCAAACCUGGGUCCUCUCUCCUGACAUGCAGGAAGCCAGUCGCUGCUAUUGGCCUGGUGGAGGAAACUAUGUAUUUAGUGCAAAGUGCAGAGUACGAUGCCAGGCAGCCUUUGCUUAACUGCCAGGCUCCCAGAGGAGUCAGGGGUGAAGGUGAUUACAGAUUGAAAUUGGGGCUGAGAGGCACGUGAUCAGCUCGUGUCUAUGUUCCUGGUUGGUCAGUGCUGCUCCCGACCUUCGUUGGAUUGGUCAGUGAUGUGUGCUGGUUAGGGAAUGUUUAUGAUGGCCUGGCAGGCUUCAGCUGGGCUUGGGAGGGAGACACGCAAGUGGGAGUUACCUUCUGCCCCAGACCUGGAAUUUCCCUGCCUGGACCUGGAAUUCCCCUACACAACCCCCUUGGGACAACCUUGGCCAACAAGGUUUUAUCUACUGGAGAAGCAAAUGAGUCUGACAGAUUCCUGGCGAGGCAGACAAGGGAGCAAAGAGGCCUCUCCUACCAUCUGGAGAUGAGUCUCAGAGAGAAGUCAAACAAUCAACUUCUGUGUAGGAUCUCUGUGAUUGGGCACUUAACCUUCACCCAAUUAACCAAUCAGAACAGUCACUUCUCAAUCCCCUUAUUUACAUUUUCAUCUCUCCCAGUCAAGCAGCUGGCUUCCAUGCUUAGAGACUUCUCAAUGGUUCAUUUGCAUCUCUCCUGAACCAGUCAGGCUCUGCCAACUUCCUGAUUAGUUCAUGCUGAAUGCUUCAUUAGCAUACAUCACAGGAAGACUCUGCCCACACCCUGAUUAUCUCACAACAAAUGCUUCAUUUUACAUCUCCCCUGAUCAAUCACAAGAACUUCCCCCUUUUUAACCCACAAAAGUCCCUAGACUGGGGCUGGCAUUGUGGUGUAGUGGGUCAAAGCCACUGCCUUCAACCAAUAUCCUUUAUGGGCACCGGUUCGCAUCCCACCUGCUCCAUUUCUGAUUCUGUUCCCUGCUAAUGGCCUGUGAAGAACAGUGGAAGAUAGCCAAAGAGUUUGGGAUCCUGCCACCCACCUGGGCUAUCCAGAUGACACUUCUGGCUUCAGCCUGGCCCAACACUGGAUGAUACAGUCAUCUGGGGUAUGAACCAGAGGAUGGAAACCUCUCUCUUUGUCUUUUCCUCUCUCACUGCAAAUCUGACUUCCAAAUAAAUAAAUAAAUCUUUAAAAAAAAAAAAAAACAACAAACCUUGACUGUCAGCCCUCAAAGUUUCCCUCCUUCAGGGACCACCCCCCUCCCUGACAUCUGGGAGCUUUCUGUGCUUCUGUCAAUAAACAUCCUUCCUUUGAGUGGCUCAUUCUCAGCAGAGAGAAAGAGAGAGCUGUUACCCUAAAAGAGCUGUAACAUUUCUAAAAAUUUGGUAGGAAGAAAAACCUGCAACAACUCCUGGGGUCCACUUGAUCUGGGAUACAGCAGGCAGCCAGAUUAGGGUCAGGAGCUGGAAGCAACACCUCCCCCUGCCCUAGGCAAUCCUAUCCACCCACCUGUCAGUCAAAAGACCCGUUCCCCAGGAUGUACCUCUGCUUACCUGGAACCUGGAGGCGGUAUCACGUAACACUCCCCCUUCCAACCUUCUGAGAGGGUGCCAACUGGGAGGAGCUUGCUCUCUCUGCAAACUGAGGAGUCAGGGUAUUGAAACACCCUCUCUCUUCCUUCCUCCACCCUUUUCUCUUCCUGGCUCACCCUAUUCCUGUGCACUGACCACAUAUGUGUGUUUUCCUCACCUUUUGAAUAAACUUUAUCACUUUACACAUCAUCUUUGUGCCUAUACUUAGAAUGCUUCUCUAGGUAAGAGGUAAGAGCCUGGAAUCGGGACUUUAGACCCCACCUAGCCCACAAUACAGUGAUUAGAACCUUAUAGGGCCAGCUGCAUCCCUUCCUCAAUUCAGGAAACUCCUUUCGAUAAAGGACAGGCAAGGACACCUUGGGCUAAGGGAGACAGAUGAGAGGCCGGGUCCUGCCUUUCUAUGAUAGAGGUUCAGUUUCACUGUGGGCUUAAAAGACAAAUAGGCUUUUCCAUGUAUAGACGGCACGAGCAAAAGCAGAGAUACAAAGCUAUUUGAUUGCUCAGGUUUGUGUUUUUUCCCCAAGAAAUGUUGCCAAUUUUUCUUUCUGCCGAGUUUUUGAAAUGUAAAAGCUCUUUCAGAUGGCGACUCUUUUCUCUGCUGGGUUCUUUGUCUUGUGCCCACAAAGAAUGAGGAGCAUGGGCAAGGAGGAGUGAGCCAAGUGAAGGGGGAUGGAGUUACAAUGCAGGACUGGCAGAAAUUCCAGCUCAUCGAUUCCUGUCUCCUCUUCUUGCUGGGUUCCCCAUGCCACAGGUGCAGCAAUCCCCUCUGUGAGGCAGCCCUCCAGACGUCACUCAGGUACUCUGCUCCUUUCUCUUUCCACUCUUAUCUCAGAUAGAGCCCCAGCCAUUUGGCCCACUGGAGGUCACCAUCCUGGCCAGUCUUUGGAAACACUCCUUCCUACACUCACAUUCCGUGAUUUGUAAGUCCCACUAGUUAGUUGCUUGGAUGUUCAGCACAUAUGAAGUCACUGUGACACCCUGAACAUGGAGCAAAGGCUUAGAAUGUUAGAGUAUUUCUUUUUCCUUUUUAAAAGAUUUUAUGUAUUUGAGAGAUAGAGUUACAGACACAGAGAGGAAGAGACAGGGAGAAAUGCCUUCCAUCUGCUGGUUCACUCCCCAAAUGGCUGCAAUAGCUGGAGCCGGGAGCCAGGAGCUUCUUCUGGGUCUCCCAUGCAGGUGUAAGGGCUGAAGCACUUGGGCCAUCUUCCACUGCUUUCUCAGGCCAUAGCAGAAAGCUAGAUCAGAAGAGGAGCAUCCGGGACUCGAACUGGUGACCAUAUGGGAUGCCGGCACUGCAGGUGGAAGCUCAGCCCACUACACAACAGCGCCAGCCCCAGAGUGUUAGAGUAUUAUUAGAACAUUUCAGACCCAAGAGAAACAGGGAUCUCCAGACUCGAGUUUCUGGCAUCACUAUCACUGCCGAUUAGACAAGAAUAAAAGAACAUGCUAUCAUCUACAUUAGUCAUAUAGAUUAAAUUGUAAAGGAAAUGCCUUCCUUACUUCCUUUCUAUCUCAAAGAAUCAGUGUCCAAAUGCUAAGAUAAAUGGAAAGAACUUGGACUUGUGAACUCACGUGAAAAAGCAGACUCUGUGUUGAGUCUUGGGUAUCUUGAAGAUCCAAAAAUCUUGCUCAGCAUGGGUGACUAACAGAAAGCAAUCUGAAGCCAAGCCCCACAUCACGUCGGGGAGUUUGUUGUGUACUGUAAAAUAAAAUGUACUGCUUUGGGAGCUUGAGAAAAAAUUUAAAAGAAUAUUCAGAGAG